GACAAUUAUUAUACGGAGGAAGAAAAAUCUCUUAUCUUUCUCGCCCUUCCUUUUUCUGCGAUCCUCCUUCUCCCUAUUUUUUCUCCAAUUAUUCCUCCUAUUUUCUGCAACCCUAAUAAUCUCCAGUUUCUUCAUCCACAAGCCUUCCUCUCACUCCACUGAUCAUUUCUCUGUUUUUCUCCGGAUCAUUCGAUCGCAAUUUUUUUUUCUGGAUUCAGAUCUUUGUUAAUUUCAGGAGUUUAAUUUCUGGAUUUCGGAAUCCUUGAAACUCCGUGGAGAAUCGGUGAAGACGAGUUCCGGAAAACGGACGGCUAAGAAAGCUUUGAUCGGUGAUUAAAAAGGUAUAUGAUGGCGACUUUGCAAGGGCCGGUAAUUUGCCCCACCGUUCGCGCAAAACAAUCGGGGUUUGACACUCUGCCUGUGGUAGGCCCUUUGGUGAAGGCUAGGCUUGGAUUCAGAGGGAUCAGCGGCAGCAUCACGAAGGCGGGUUUUUCUUCUCGCUCUCGAAAUGCUAGAAAAUGCUCAAGAGUGCAUUGCAUUUUCAGUUCGUCGUCGGAUGGCAACGGAAGCAUGGCGGAGAAUUUCAAUGAAAAUGAUGAAGAUUAUGUUAACUCUAGCGUACUCGAAGCCGUCGAGGUGAAGAGCGGAAUUGAUGGAUUCAUGAUCAAAAUGCGGGAUGGUAGGCACAUGAGGUGUGUCCAUAACAAUCCUCAGGGGGGCCAUCUCCCCGAUUAUGCUCCGCAUCCUGCAAUUGUAUUGAAGAUGGAAGACGGGACCGGUCUUCUUCUCCCAAUAAUUGUUUUGGAGAUGCCUAGUGUGUUGCUCAUGGCAGCGGUCCGCAAUGUUCCUAUUGCUAGGCCAACUAUGUAUCAAGUGGUGAGGGAGAUGAUUGACAAGAUGGGUUAUGAGGUCCGACUUGUCAGAGUCACCAAGAGAGUGCAUGAGGCGUAUUUUGCUCAGUUAUACCUCAGAAAGGUAGGUAGUGAGACAGAAUGUGUCAGCUUCGACCUUCGGCCUUCAGAUGCCAUCAACAUUGCUGUACGAUGCAAGGUUCCCAUACAGGUCAACAAGUACCUGGCAUACAGUGAUGGAAUGAGAGUUAUCGAAUCUGGAAAGUUCUCAACUCAGGGCCCUGCUUCAGAUGGAUUAUUAUUUACUGAACUGGAUCGGCCAAAUGGUCAACCAUGUGUUGAAACGAAGGAGUUUAAUCUCGUGCGCAACAUGCUUAUUGCUGCAGUUGAGGAACGCUAUAGAGAUGCUGCUCAGUGGAGGGACAAGCUCCUCCAACUUCGUGCUAGAAAGAACUUGGCAUGACAGUUUUGUUUCAGAAUCGCCCGUAGGGAUUUAAAAUUGUACAGACAGCAUUCUUGGAAGUUUGAUAAGCUCAUCGGCUGCACCCGCAAUCCGCCAUGCAUCUCUGCUCUUCUUAUAUAUAUAUAUAUGAUGUAAAAAGCUUGUGAAUAUAGUAAAUAAUUAUAUGUAUUAUAUGUAGACUAUAGAUAAACUUACUCGCAAUGUAAUGGGUCUUGUUGGUUUCUGCAAAUUAUUCCGCCACUUAAUUUAGAAUCCUUAUUGAUGAUGGCAUGUGUGAUUCCAUGCCAACUUAAACCAUUUUGGUCCAAGCGCUUGUAAUGUUUCUCACUUAAAAGUUCAAGACCAUCCAACGUAUGGCUUGAUUUCUGCAA